AUGUUUUUAAAUAUUGAUUAUGCUAAACGAGCUGCAGCUCGUGAAAAAACUUCAACGAAUGUUCAAUCUCUUGCUGUAAUAUCCAUUGAAGAUGAUGAUGAUAUUGAUUAUGAACAAUUAUUUGAUGAUGAUAAUAAUGAUAUAACAACAAAUAAUUCUAAAAUAGAAAUAAAAAAACCUAUUAAACGUGUUCGUUUUGCUCCAAUUAUUGAUGAAAAUACUUUAACACCAACUCUACCACGUCCAUCAUCCGUACAACCAACAUUUGAUAUUGAAUUUGAUUUUGAUUCACUUGUAUCACCAUCUAAUGAAUUGAAUCAAAAUGAUUCAUGUGUAACACAAACAAAUAUGAAUUGGAAAGAUGCUUUUCUUAGUGAUUUACAUAUAGCAAAAAAACAUAAACCAACAUUAAUUUCUUCACCAUCAAUUAUACAAAUAGAUAAUAAAACAAAUCAAGAUACAUUAUGGGAUUUUAUGAAAGAAUCAAAUCCAGAAUUAUUUGAAAAACUUGAAAAAACAUAUAUUGAUAAACAAAAACGUAUUGAUCGUUUUUCUAUACAACAACCAACAUCGUCUAAUAAAACAAAUAGUAAAAUUACUAAAUCUAUAGUUAUAUCAGAUAAAGAAGGUAUUCAAAAGACAAUUUUUUAA